CACCAGUCUGAGAUGCGCGGAUGCUCCAGCAUGCCUCCAGAAGCAGAGAAGGAACAAAAGCACUGGAAUCGGUCUCCGGUUGCCUCUAGGCUGAGAGAAGCUGGGUCUAAGUGUAGUGUUAGCUGCGGAUACCUGCUCAGCUGGCUAAGCCUUUAACAUGGAAAGAAGGCUCAUAAAGAAGGAAGUGAAAAAGCUCUUGGGAGAUUAUAUUGGCAUCAGACUUCGGGAAAAUGAAUUUGACCCAAAAGGAAGAAGGCAACUCACCUUUCUAGAUGAUAUGGCACACUAUGACUUGGCCAUCAGUGUUGCUUUGCAAUGGCUGGAUCCCUCAGAAGACUUAACUUGGCUGGAGUGGGAGGAACUGAAAAUGCCAUUCCAUGGCAGACCCAUAUAUCCAAAUCGCAGAGAACGAGAAGCUAUGAUUUUAUCAUCUUAUGCUGGAAUCUUAAUGAACAGUAUCCCGAUUGAGGAAGUCUUUAAAAUUUAUGGGGCUGAUUCUUCUGCCGAUUCUGGAACCAUCAAGGUUCCCAGAGUUUCGUCUCUCCGCCUCUCCUUGCACCCCUUUGCCAUGUUAACAGCACCCAAAGCAGCAGCAUACGCCCGCAAACAGAGUGUCAAGUCAAGAAAGGGAACAACAAAUAAAAAUGCCACCAGCAUCUCUGCAAAGGAAGCAAAUGCCACGGAAUGGAAAUCAUCACAAAGGUUUUCAGAUACACAGCCAAAGCACAAAGUCACUUAGAAAAUUGGAAUUGUACCAUGGAACUUCAUAAUAGAUUCUCUGGGAGCAGACGAGAAGCAUCAUCUUAAAACCACAGCUCUUGCCAGUACAUUUUUCUUUACAACUAGUUUUUGAUACAACUGCACUGAAGUGUUAUUUUUGAUGUUGAGCUUUCUUCUUUUAGAAGCAUAUUGCACGGCUACAUUUUGUUAAAAAAAAAACAAGUGUGAUCUUAACGCUACUUCACUGUGACUGGAAGACUGCUGGAGAAUUCAGAAAGUAUAUAGUAUUUCUGUGUUAGAGCAAGCUGGCUUUGUAGCACAUUUUACAAAUGUGUGCCAUUGAAUAUUGCACAGUGAUGGAGUGGGAGGCAGAUUUCCAGAGUUAAUCCAAAAUAAAAUUAAUCUGUCAUUGAUUGCCUUUACUGUGUUCUCAUAUGAAAAAAAAAUUUAAAUCAUUUCAAUAAAUCAUUAAAAAAAUGAA